CGUUUUCCUUUCUUCUUUAUUGUAUCUCCUGUUAGGUUUUUUUCUCUGUUUCGUUUAGGGAUUUGCAGUUGCAGUGCAUGUUGAGGUAUGGAUUUCGGUAAUUUCUCUACUUUUCUGUAAAAGAUGAUCCAUUUUGUAUUCCCAAACCCAAAACAUGAGGGGAAUGACUCAUCUGCAAAAUUCAAGUACUCCAACUUUAUUCGAUAUCCCGGUGCACUUCAGGUCAGUCCUCAAAUCCUGAUAUUGUUUCAAUUCUCCUUUCACAUGAAACUGACCAUACCUGUCAACGAAGAAGCCCAAUGGCUGUAAAACUUUCGACUUUGACAAUUACAAAGAGAACCCGCAGAUGGGUCACUCUAGUUUCACCCAUUUCUUCGCUUUCGUGCACCAGUAACAUCCAAGUAACCCCUGAGACCUAUCAAGACAUACAAAACGCCAAUGAUUAUGAUUCAAAGAUUCAAUUUUUGAGGAGCAAGUUGUGUUCGGACAAUUUAGUCCGGGUUUUGGAUAACACAACUGAUUUGUACUCUGCUGUUAAGAUAUUCAAGUGGGCUGCACUCCAGAAGCGGUUCAGCCACACUGCUAAUACAUAUUGUCAGAUAAUAUUAAAGCUGGGUUUGGCUGGAAACCUGAAAGAAAUGGAAGGAUUUUGUCAAAAUAUGGUGAAAGAAAGGUGCACGGGUGUAGAGGAUGCUCUUGUUUCACUGAUCCAUUCUUUUGUUAAGCAUGGUAGGCUAUAUGAAGCAAUUCGGGUUCUUGUGAAUAUGAUUCUGGGUGGCUAUAAGCCCUCAAUUGCCGUAUUUAAUGGCAUAUUGGGUGCUCUUGUGGAGGAGAAUAAAGGCUUUGAAGAUGUGUUGUAUAUUUACAAGGAGAUGGUGAAAGCAGGAGUUGUCCCGAAUGUUGAUACUUUGAAUUAUCUGCUAGAGGUUUUGUUUGAGGCCGAAAAGGUGGACAUUGGUUUAGAUCAAUAUAAGAAAAUGAACAAGAAAGGACUACAACCAAAUAGUAGGACCUUUGAGAUACUUAUUAGAGGUCUCAUUUUGAGAAAUCGAGUGGAUGAAUCUGUUAGCAUUUUGGAUGAGAUGUUUCAGUUAGGUUGUCCACCAGAGUUGAGGUUUUAUAUUUGCAUUAUUCCGCUAUAUUGUAAGGAAAAUAAACUGGAGGUGGGAAUCAAGUUGUUCAAAAUGAUGAGAGUUUCUAAUUCAGUGCCGGAUCCAUUUAUUUUUGUGGAUAUGAUACGUUGUUUAUGCAAGAACCUUUGGUUGGAUUAUGCGGUUGACCUACUUGAAGAGAUGAUAGAACAUGAUUUUUCCCCACCUAGUGAUGUCUUAACAGAUAUUGUACAUGGAUUUUGUAAAUUAGGGAAGAUAAAGGAGGCAAUAGCAUUCGUGGAAGAUAAACAUGUUCGGGAAACCUUGCCACACGAUGCAUUGCUUGGCAGUUGUUGCAAUGCUGGAAACUUUUCUAUUGCAAAAGAUUUACUUGAGAAAAUGUGUGUGAGGAAUAUAGCAGAUUCUAGCUCCUGGAAUGUUCUUAUCAGAUGGCUUUGUGAAAAGGUGGCCAUCAAGAAAGCCUUUGAGCUUCUGGGGAGGAUGAUCGUAUCUUCAUUUUCUCCUGAAUGUGCCACAUAUUCAGCUCUGGUUGUUGGCAACUGUAGGCUGAGAAAGUAUGAAGAUGCCAUGAAACUAUUUCAUUGGGUUCACAUAAAAUGCUGGGUUUUGGAUUCUAAUUCAUAUUUUGAGUUAGUUGAAGGCCUUUGCGGGGCUGAGAAGUAUAUAGAAGCCAUUGAAGUUUUUCGUUACAUGUCAAGGAAUAAAUGUUAUCUACAGUCUUCAUUGUUUGAUAAGUUGAUCAGGGGUAUAUGUGAAUUUGGAAAGGUGGAUGAGGCAGUCAGGCUACACUCUGUGGCUUACAAUUCUGGAACUCCUUGUGCUAAUUCAACAUAUGCUUCUAUGAUGCUUGGAUUAUACAAGUCGUGCAACAGAAAGGCUCUUUCAUUACUUCUCUCGCAGAUGCUCGUUGCAGGGUUCACUCUUGAUGUGGAAACAUAUUGUAUUCUCAUACAAAACUUGAUUGACCAGAAUAAAACAAAGGAUUGUGCAUUGUUUUUCAAUAUCAUGGUGAAUGAGGGUAUGGUACCUGAUACUGAAACACUAUAUAAUCUAAUAUUGUGUCUGGCCAAUCAUUCUCAAUUGCAUUUAGUUUUGGCUUCCCUAGACGGAAUUGUUUCUCACUGUGAAAAUUUGAAUUCAGAAACAUACAAUAUAUUGAUUAAUGGUCUCUGGAAAGAAGGUGACAAAGAAAAGGCCCAUCGAUUAUUGGAUUUAAUGUUGGAGAGGGGUUGGGUCCCUAAUGCCGCUACACAUAAAUUGUUAAUGGGGUCUUGUUCUAUGGAAGCAAAUUCAAGGGAAUUGGCCUAUGAAACUCCUAAUGAGCGUGAUCAUGUUAGCAACAUCCUUGCAGAGGGCUUGGGAAAACUAUGACAUAUCUGGUUUCCAAGAAGUGCUACUUCCCCCAGCUCAUCACCCAUUUUCUAGUGGUUGGUGCCUGUCUCUCAUCUUUAAGUUGAAAGAUGGUUCAUUCUCUACUUUUGCAACUGUGAUAAACAUUGCUGAGGUUAUCGGUCUAUUAAAGUCAUGUGAAGAUAAAGUUUUCUGGAGGACAAGGACUAACAGGACACUGAACCUCUCGAGCUCUGUGGGUUUGACUGGGUUGGGCAUCAGCACAUUAGCGAAUGAACCUGACUCCAAUCUACUUGACAACAUCUAAUUUUUUAUCCACAACUGUGACAGAGUCUCCAUUUUCAUGGCUUUAAGGCAAGCUUGAACAUCUGCGGUCAGGCAGUUGAUGAGUGCAGCAGGUUCAAAGGUUAUAUUUUGAUGUUUUGGAUGCUGCCAAUGGAUUGGUGCCUGCAAUGACCCUAUAAAAGUAAUUUGGGCGUUGAGUUGUUCCCGCAGUUGCAAGUCAUUUUUUGAGGUUUCAUCCUAUAUGUACAGAUGUUCUAGCCCCCGAUGCCCACAGGGUCUUGUUCACAUUUCAACCUGUUCGUUCCAUUGUGUGUGUGUGUGUGUGUGUUUUUUUUUUAUAUAUAAACAAUUGUUUUUUAUGCCUUAUAAAAAAAAUAUUGGACUGAAACAAAAUAAGAGCAUGUUAUUGGCC